AUGAGACUAAGCCAUCGUCUUUCAAAAAUUUUAGAUGUAUGGAUUAAUGGUUUAGAACAAGAUUAUCAUGGUUAUUGUUCAAAAAUAAUUCUAUCUUUUUCUGAUUCAUAUCAAUAUGGUAAUAAUCUAUUAUUACAUGGUAUCCAUCGUGUUAUUGGAACAAUUUUACGACGAACUAUUGAACACUAUCAUGCAAAUAAAUUUUUACUUUAUCAAGGUAUUUUACAUCCAAAUCGAUCAAAUGAUAGUUCAACACAUGUUUGUUGA